AUGGGACGCGAGGAGAGCAAAGAGCAGGCGAAGGAGGCGGCGAGGGAGAAAGAGCUCGCCGCCGCGGCGAAGAAGCAGGCGCAGAAGGACAAGGUCUGGGAGCAAGGCGCGAAGGACACGAGCAAGACGGAGGAGGAGUUGGCGAGAGACGCCGCGGCGAAGGCGAGGAGAGCGGAGGCGGAGAAGCAAGCCGCCGCGGAGGGCGGGAAGCCGCUGCCGAUGAUGAAGAAGUGUAAGGAGUGCGGGACGAAGUAUAACCCGAAGAAGCCGUGCCCGGGGUGCAUCGAGGCGAUGUUCGGACCCGCGAAGGGGAAGAAGUAG